GAUUGACGUUUUCAUCAUAUUUUGUGUGUUGAAAAUUCGGAAAAAACUCGAAAAAAUACAGUGUAAACCUUCCAGACUAUUCGGAAACUUCAAUUAGACACAAUUCCAGUAUAAAAUAUCGAUAAUGUAGCUAUUGUCAGUGACGGAAAACCAUAGAAUCUCAUCAUGUAAAGAAACAGGGUUGGAAAAUGUAGUGGGUAGUGAUAUUGAGAGACCGGGACAAGUUUUUUCGGGGAAGUAUGUUUGUUGUUCGUGUCGAUCGGUGAAUUUGUGGCGACAUAACCUUAAAACUGACGAUGGGAGGUGUGGGAAAAUAAGAAACACCAUGGUCUAGAAGGGCCAUGUCUUCGCGGUUACGUACCAACGCAGCUGAAGAGACGGGAGUACUGACCACGCAUUUUGGUGCACAGAGUUUCUCUUUAACCGGAGAAGAGGACAGGUUGGCUGUUGGAGGGGCGCAGGCGUCAACUUCCGCCGCGACCGGAAAAGGAAAGUGCCGCACAAGGAAAUCCGGGGCUUCCGGUAGUCUCAGUGACAGCUCGUCCAGUGUCAAGAGACAGGAAUCGUCGCCAACUUUGACGCUCAUAUCGUCAAAGGUAAGCUGGCCAUGCGACCGCAGCGUUGUCCAAUCAAGGUGUGUGUAA